ACUGAAGGCAAAGGGAAGGAGAGUUGCUGCCACAACAGUCGAGCCCAGUGGGACCAUCGCUGAUCGUCUCAUAUUUCCUUCUGUGUUGAUUGUAGUGGAUGAUUUAUGAAUAUCUGCGAUGAGGCGACUAUGUUAAAUAUGUAAAAUGGAGCAUGGAAAUCUGACGGGAGGGGAAGACAUGCUUUUCCCUGUGAGCACAAGGGUCAGCGCCUACAUAUAAAAUGGAGUCACCAGCUGCAGCCAGAGCACAGAGAUAAAACUCAUCCUGACAGCAGCCUGGGUGAAACCUGAAAAAAUGAAUAUCUCUAGGACCAAGAGCCCUUACGACUGGUGACUAACACAGAGGGAGAGAGUAGAGAGGUGGAGGGUGGUGUGUGUGUGUGUGUGUGUGUGUGUGUGUUGGGGUGGGGGGUUGCUGUCGUCACUGGGAGCUGCAGCAGCAUCAGCAUCACCGGAAUGAGUAACGGUGCGGCGCAACUUGGGAGAAACAACUACACUGUCCGGAGGAGCGCGCGCGUAUGUGUGUGUGUGUGUAUGAGUGUGAGUGUAUGUCCGUUAAAACUCUUCUCCUCACGAGCUGUGUUUGUGACGGUCUCUUCAACGUAUCCAUGAGGAUCUAAAAGGUGUCAAACACCACAUGCACGGACUCUCUGUGGAGCUGCCGAAAUAAAGGGAGCCAUGGAUUAUAUAAGAAACCAACAGACUUAUCUGUCCAUCGUCAUUUUGCUAAUUAACUGUACCUGUCACGCCCUUUUGGACAGAUUUCAGGAGGAGCACUCAGAUCAGAUCUUUUCUCAUCACCUGGACUCAGAAGAUGACAGCCAAAUUACCUCCUGUGAUUUUGAGUCACUGUGCCUCUGGACUUUAUCAAAUCAUAGCGACCAAAGUGACUGGUCAGUGGUGUCUCCACGGCAACCAGAAAGUGCACAGGUCGGGUUGAUGCCUGAGACCGACCACUCAGAGGGAAGCUCUGAUGGGCACUUUCUUCUCCUAAGCUCCUCCCCUGCUGCUGAGGCCUCUGGGAGAUGUGAUUACCACCUAACCAGCCCAGUCUUGCCAGGAAGCGACAGGCACUGCACCUUGCAGAUGGCUCUGUACGAGUCCCAUCCAGGGUUGGGGAAUCUCACGCUCCUGAUCAAACCAGUUCUCUCAGAUUCAGCUGUUCACUCUGUGGUCCUCAACCACAGGAAGCGAGAUGACCAGAGGGCCAAGUGGGAAGUCCUGGAGAGUGUGAUUGGCCAGGUGGAUGAGCCCUUUGAGGUGACUCUCCUCUAUACUUCCUGUUUGGGGGAAGAUGGAGUCACUGUGGCUCUGGACUCUCUAGAGCUCAUAGACUGUGAAUCAGAACACCAGGAUGCCAUUUGUGGGGAAUCUUUCCACUGUGUAAAUUCAGAAGUCUGCAUUGACCCGAGCCAAGUGUGUAACUUCCACACCGACUGUCCGUUUGGAGAGGAUGAGGGCUUCAUCUGUGGUGCUCUUCCGUUUGGCUCACACUGCUCAUUCGAACAGGAUUCAUGUGGUUGGUCUGUCUCUAACCAGCCCUUGGCCUGGAGGAGGGUCGCUGGAGAUGCACUUUUGGAGAAAGAAGACAUGCAGGGUGUCACUCUGCAGAGUACACCAGGGCACUUCUUGUUUUUGCAGGUAAGAGAGAGUAAUUCCCUUCGAGAGGCAUCUAUUCAGAGCUCCUCUUUCCCUCCUCCAGUCUCUACCACUGCCUGCCAGAUGCGCUUCUCUCUGUAUAUGCAUGGGGACUUUAAUGGUUCAUUGUUGGUGGCUAUAGAGGAGAAUGGGACCACCACUGCACCACUGGUCUGGGAAAGAAAUUAUCAGUGGGCUGACGACUGGGAGGAUGUUGCCCUGCAGUUGACCGACCUUCAUCACGGGUUCCACGUGAAGGUGACAGCUGUGUGGGAACAAGGCUCAAAUGCUGAUGUGGCUCUUGAUGACAUUGCACUCGGAGCAAGCUGCUUCAGUACAGAUCUCAACUCUCUGCUGCCCAUGAUGAGCUUGGAGGAUAUCUUAAGCCCCCUUCCAGAGCCCUCGGCCUCAGAGGUGUCUUUGAUGACAUGGUGGUUUAACUCAUGCGGCGCCAGCGGUCCCCAUGGCCCGACCCAGGCCCAGUGUGACAGCACCUACAGGAACAAAAAUGUCAGUGUUACUGUGGGGAAGGAAGGCUCAUUGAAAGGAGUUCAAAAAUGGAGGGUGCCUGCUACCAACAGAUAUUUGAUCUCUGCCUAUGGAGCUGCAGGAGGGAAGGGAGCCAAAAACCACAACAAGCGCAACCACGGGGUCUUCAUCUCUGCCAUAUUUCCUCUCGAGAAAGGAGAUAUACUUUAUAUCUUGGUGGGCCACCAGGGAGAGGACGCCUGCCCUGGGAGAAAUCCUCACACUCAGAAGAUCUGCCUGGGAGAGUCAUCAGUGAUUGAAGACGACCUCAGGGGAGAGGCUAGCGCAGAGUGGGCUGGAGGAGGAGGUGGAGGAGGGGGGGCUACUUACAUCUUUAAGAUGGAGAAUGGUGAGCUGAUCCCCUUACUGAUCGCAGCUGGUGGAGGAGGAAAUGCCUACCUGGAGGACCCGGAGUCCAGUCUGGACCAGAUACCACUUGAGCAGUACGAAAAUAGCACUCUGCGUCCCAGUACCAACGGUCGAACCGGUGCUGCAGGUGGAGGUGGAGGUUGGAAAGACAGCCCCAGCCCUCACCUGAGAGCCGGCAGGUCUCUGGUGGAGGGUGCAGAGGGAGGGUCGUCGUGUCCACUGGCCCUGUCCAAGCUCGGCUGGUCCACCUACGGGGGUUUUGGAGGCGGAGGUGGAGCCUGCACAGCUGGUGGUGGCGGAGGAGGGUACAGAGGAGGUGACGCAGCGCUGACAGAUGAGAUCACAGCUGACGGUCAGAACGGAGUCUCGUUCAUUCAUCCAAUGGGAGAGAUUUUCCUGCAGCCUCUGGCAGCCAUGGAGAGUCACGGGGAGUGUGAGAUCAAAGUGCAGCUGAACUGCAGCCACUGUCAGACGCAGAGCUGCAAACGCGAUGAAGACACUCACCUUAUCCUCUGUCUCUGCGAAGAAGAUGAAGUCCUGGCCAGCGACAAUGUUACAUGUAUUGGUACUGUGGCAGCCCCUCAAGGCCCAGCUCCGCAGGGGCCAAUGUCGACAUCGCUGAUCCUGGCUGUCGUGGUCUCCACCAUCGCGAGCGGCAUCGCGCUGAUCUGCGCCGGCGUCAUCCUUAUGUGGUACCGCAGAAAGAAUGACCUGCAUGCAGUGAGGGGGCGUCUGCAGAGUCCAGAGUACAAGCUGAGCAAGAUCCGCUCCUCCACCAUCAUGACGGACUACAACCCUAACUACUGCUUUGCAGGGAAGGCAGCCUCACUCAGUGAACUGAAGGAGGUACCGCGCAAGAACAUCACACUUCUCAGGGCUCUCGGCCAUGGUGCAUUUGGUGAAGUCUAUGAAGGGCAAGUUCUGGGGAUGAGCGGUGAUAACAGUUCCAUGCACGUUGCGAUAAAGACUCUUCCAGAAAUCUGCUCUGAACAGGAUGAAAUGGAUUUCCUGAUGGAGGCGCUGAUUAUGAGCAAGUUCAGCCAUGAGAACAUUGUGCGCUGCAUUGGCGUCAGUCUGAACAUCUUGCCUCGCUUCAUCCUGCUGGAGCUGAUGACUGGAGGAGACAUGAAGAGCUUUCUGAGGCAGAACAGGCCACGAACUGGCCAGACCUCUUCUCUCACCAUGCGGGAUCUGCUGCGGAUGGCCAGAGACAUUGCCUGUGGCUGUCGCUACCUGGAGGAGAACCACUUCAUCCACAGAGACAUUGCUGCUAGAAAUUGUCUACUUACCUGCCCUGGACCAGACAGAGUGGCUAAGAUUGGAGACUUUGGCAUGGCACGAGAUAUUUACAGAGCCAGCUAUUACAGGAAAGGUGGUCGUGCCAUGCUGCCAGUCAAAUGGAUGCCACCAGAGGCCUUUAUGGAGGGAAUCUUCACCUGCAAGACUGAUACAUGGUCAUUUGGAGUGCUGCUUUGGGAGAUCCUCUCUCUGGGCUACAUGCCAUAUCCUUGUAAAACCAACCAGGAGGUGCUGGAGUUUGUCACCAGCGGAGGCAGAAUGGAUCCCCCUAAGGGCUGCCCGGGGCCUGUCUAUCGGAUCAUGACUCAGUGUUGGCAGCACUGUCCUGAGCACCGGCCCAACUUCUCAACUAUCCUGGAGAGAAUUAACUACUGCACUCAGGACCCAGAUGUGAUCAACACACCCCUACCAGUGGAAUACGGCCCCAACACAGAGGAUGAUGGCGGCACAGUAAUCCGUCCUUCUGACCACACCUCCACCAGCCUCACUCCACUCCUUGUGACCCACACUGUUUCCCAGGAUUCCUCCUCCCAGCUGGGGCUCUCCCCCCUGGGCCUAGGUCCUACGCCUCUUCCUCCACAGCCCACCAAACCUCGUCUGCUCCUCCAGAGAACCCAACCUGUUCACCAUGAAGUGGCGACGUGCCGUGAGGCCCUGGAGCCGUCCUGGGCCGAGCCUGUUCCCGCCCCUGGGUUGUCAGCAGCAGCAGCAGCAUCAGGAAGCCACUGGCUCCACCCUGAGCCUCCACACCACCGGCCUUGCUCCAGAAACAGCUCCUCCUCGGGAAGCCAGAGGCUGAAGAACAAGACUAAGAACCUGUGGAACCCCACAUACGGCUCCUGGGUUUUGGAGAACUUCAGGGGGAAGAAAACACUGGCUCACACUCAGUCCAUGCCACUCUCAAGCUCCUCAUCCUCCACUGCCAACACGCAGACCUGCAACCCAGCCUCAGAGAGCAACGAGGCCGGGUGUGACAACGCCAACAGCACCCACCACAGCCCUUCUGGCCUCGGUACUUCCGCAACUCCAUCCUCUUCCUGCCAGGCCCAAGCUGCCCCGAGCACAUCCUCACACAAGACUCCAGCAGGUGGGACCGCAAAAGCUGGCAUGGACCUGGCUAAACUGCAGAGUUUCCCCUGCGGCAACGUCAACUAUGCCUACGAUGAGCAAAGCUACGAGGCAGAGAGCCUGCCCCUGGUUGUGCCCAAAGCCUCAGAAGCCAUCACAAACACCAGCUCUGCCCCGAGUGUCUCCUCUGGGACUAGCCUGGGUUUGGCGUUGGGCCUCCAUACCUCCUCAGCUUGCAUGCCUAAACUGCUGCUGAAGCGCCACGCCAGCUACGGACACGAGGACGUGAGGAGACACACCAAAGCCGAGAAGCCUACACGCGACCGAGACUCAGGCUUUUCUCUGUCCGAAGACCUCAGCGUUACCCCAAUCUAGGAAAAAAAAGUCUCGCUGUAACAGGGAUUUUGAUUGAUAUUAAACUAAAAUGCCACCCAGGGCCCCUUCUCUCUCACAAACUUGAGAUUGGAGUUCUGGAUUUCUGGAACAAAAAGCAUGACCAUGAGGGCUCUGCCACAGUCUGAGAGCCACCACAUCGAAUUACCAGAGCUCCUGGAAUGCUGGAAAACACACUCACAUGCACACAAACACUCCUCUGCACUGUGAUACAGAGAGCCAGUGCUGGACUUGUUUCCUUGGUUUCUGGUACACUGGUAGCUGAACACUGAAGCUGAAACACUGGAGGACACGCAGCCCUGCACUUUCUCUAUGUCCACACUGUUGGUGAUGGCUGCCAUAAAUAACUGCUGUAGUUGAAUUCCUUUUUUUUUACCUACUUUUUUUUUGUUUUUUUGCUGUAUUUUUUUUUUUUUCGGGACAGCUUAGGCAGUAGUAUAUGUUGCAUUAUUGUAAACAAUUGUUUGGAAUUUGUAGUUUUCACUGUACAGUACGACCCAAACAACCCAAAAAAUGGGAAGAGAAUCUCUAAGAAUAUGCUUUAAGUUUUCAUUUCAGUAGCAUAAGAUCAGAAAAGGCUUCUGUAGAGUAACUAACCCUUAUUUUGACUGUGGAAAUAUUAAAGUAGGUGGAUGUUUCAUUUAUAAUUUAAUGCAUACAUCAGGAACUUUUAGUGCUAGUAUUUUGAUUCUGAUUCUGAUUCUGAUUUCACCCCAGAUAAUGUGAAACAUCCUCCCAAACUACUGCAAUAACGUGUUUCCUGAAAAUGUCUGUUUUUCCAUACAUAGUAUAUCUUGUGCCUGAGAGUUUAUUCUUCACCUUGGAAAACAGCUUGCCCACUUGCCUGGUGUUUUCAAAGCUGUCAGCCUCAUCUCUUUGACUUCCUCGGAAGAUGAAGUUGCUCCGUUGUCAUGGAGACGGUUUAGUUUGCUGUCACGUGGCAUCCAAAUGGAAUUUCAGUAACGUGAUCUUAAGCCCUGUUUUUGUUCAAGGACGGUCUUUGGUGUUGGCCAUAAAUAGCCUCCUUUAUCUCUCUCUGGCCGUUGACUGACCCCUGAUCCAACGAUUUGACGCCCUCCCAGUUGAUGCUGUGAGCGGCUCUGGCUUGGUGCUCACAGACAGCUGACGUUGUCUGUUUCCGUUGUUCAUUCAGUCUCAUGGGUCGUGUUGUUGAGAAGACUGAAACCAUUCCCAUGUCUGUACAUGAAGCUACAACCAGCAGCUCUUUAGCUUAGCAUAAAGACUGGAAACAAGGGGAAAGAGUUAGCCUGGGUCUGUCUGAAGUUAACAAAAUACCUAGCAGGACGUUUCAAGACCCUCACUGAUUAACCCCUGUAAAACCUCCAUGUCUCAGUUCUUGUACAGACAAAAACAAACUAGAUAAAACCUGUUAGUGAGCUUUAAAGGUGCAAGUAGACAGAUUUUGUUACCUCUGGGUAAAGGCAGGCUAGCUGUUUCCCCCUGUUUUCAGUCUUUGUGCUAAACUAAUCUAAGCUAACUGAAUGUUGGCUUUAUUUUUUUCUUAUUCUCACUCGAGAGUGGCAUCAAACUUCUCAUCUAACUCUCAGAAAGAAAGCAAAUAAUUGUGUUUCUUAAAAUGCUGAAGUAUUCCUUUAAAGCAGUGACAGCUUUGAGGAAAGUGCUGACCAUUUUCCCCCCAGAACUACAUGAAUCAUGAUUUGACUUAGCAUAUUUUGGAUUAAUUCAUGUCCCAAUAUUUACUUUGACUUCAGGGGGUCCCAUUAAUGUAUAGAAUUUGAUGACCACGCAGCUGUGAAAAUAUUUGCUAUUUUUGUACUCAAUUCCUUACACUGGACUAACCCAUUGCAUUUGUAGUUGUUUUGUCAUUUAUUUGCCAUUUUUUAUUCAUUUAUUGUUUGUGAUGAAUCUGUACUUGUAGUUGAUCACUGCCAUUAGAUACCAAGACACUGCAUCUGCUGAUGCAGGCGUUGGUAGUACCUAUGUUUACUCAGCAGGGGGAGGUAUUCAGCUUUGGAAAUACCAAACACAUGCUGCUGCAGGUAUCUCAGUCUUACACAAUUAAUGCAAGAUUCAAUUGUGAAAAUCUUUCUUCAGUAUUUAUAUGUUCAGGUUAUUCUUAUUUAAUCAAUUUAAUAGUUGUACUCUGAUAUGUGUCUUUGUUUUGAGCUUAAACAUGGUGAUAGUUUUUUAAUAUGUUGAAUGGUUUCAUUUAUAAGGGUUCUAUUGGCUUUCAGUGUUUUUAUCUUCAGGCUUGCUGAUGUUAGUGAGUGUUUAUCUUAGUUGCUUGACAGUCCACUUGAAAAUUACAUCUUUAGAAAAGGUAACUUACCAAAAGGCUCACAUAGUUUUCUAAAGACUCCUUUUUAGCAAGAAAUGUGUGCCACUUACAAAUACUGAUUACUGUAGAAUUUAUUUUACAGAGAAAAACAAAACACCCUUGUCCUGCUCACAGUGUAUAUUUUUAAGGCCUGGUGAAUUUUAUUUUACACUUACUGAAAAGUUUUUUUCCUGUAUUCUUUAUGUAGCUGAGGGUGUUAUUCCUCAAACAACAGUGCAAAGACAUUCUAUGCAAUAUACUGUCUUUCACACUUUGAUCUAACCUAACUGUGUCCCCAAAUAAAUCAACAUAUAUUUA